GAUACUUGGAUCCCAGGAGAGACGCUGGAUGACUUGUUCCCGCAGGCUGCUGCUGCUUCCAAUCCGAACUCCAGUCUUGCAGACUCUAUUCACAGGUUAGUUCUAUGUAUAAAUUGCAGGUUGAUAAUAUGUUCAAUGGUGUGGAAGAUUUUCCUGCUCAGUCUGUGUGGAGGAAGAUUAUUCCCACAAAGAUUUGUGCAUUCCUGUGGCUCGUGUGGCACAAGAGGAUUUUGACAAUGG